AAGGCGCGUCUGCGCCUCCGGCCGCCGCGGCUCCCGGGGCCUCCGCCUGCAGCCUGCGGCGGAACGGGGGCAGGCGGCUGAGACAGGCGAGCUAUUUGCAUUCCCCGGCAGUCAUUUUUAUAUGCGGAGGUAAUGAAGUUGUCAGCGGCGCCCCGAGUGUGGCAGAGCCUGAUAUUCAAAUCGCCCUGCCCGCUCCGCCUGCUCCCGCCCGCCGGUCCCGGGAGCCCCAGGCUGCGCGCGCCCGCACCGCAUCCCCGCUUUGCCCCGCGACCGCGCGCGCCUCCUCGUCCUCCCCCGCGCCUUUGUUUCCGUCUCCUUCUCCUUUCCCUCCUCUUUUGUGUCGGGCCAGACUCAGCCCCAGAAACCAGCCACCCUGCCGCGUCCGACUGCCAGGGAUCCCUCACGCCGCGAGGAAGAGACACUAGAGAGACACUCAGCUGGAGUGAGAAUACACAGGCAUCUUCAAGUACCAGAGAUGUCUCCAAGAGCACCAGCAACCCCAGCUAUCUGGAUCUGAAGUGGAUCUGCUCAGAGACAUCCUGGCCCACCCCAAAGAAGAUGCUGCUGCACUCAGAAGACGCCAGAGCUAGCCACCACCCACACUGCAAGUCUGGAAGCUCUGCCAGGACCCAGCAAGGCAGCCUGCUCAGCGAAGGCUUUGUCUCCUGUGGCAGGAAGAGCAACAUUAAGAACAAGAACCCCGGGCUGGACUACCCUCGAGAUUUAAUGACCAGAGCUGAGACCCCCAAGACCACAAUGACUAUGGAGGGCUGUCAUUACCUUGCCUGACCCUCUAAUGCAUCUCAGUUCAUGGAGGCCACUGAGUGAAACCGAAGGCUGGUUUUCCUUGGAAGCCAGCGGCCCAUCCACCUGCUCCACUUCCCUGCCUCUUGCAGCCUCUGCUCAAACACUGUCGUGGCUUGGCAGCACUACAAGGCAGAGUGAAAACAGAUACUUCUGCCCACAUUCCUAUCUCCUCUCAUUUACGCAGAUUAAAUGCUUUCUUUCCUUGUUUUACACUGC